AUGCGUUUGGGUACCCAUAAUGUUGCUGAGUUCUGGACCGAGGCAUGGAUGACCAACAACACUGGUUGGAAGAUGGGAGAGCGCUGUGGACCAUUUACCCGAAAUUUAUAUGGUUACUUACAAGCUGCUGGGCUUGUAGCCGCAGAAAAACAGGGAGAAAACGAAUCGGUAGAAGAAGCUUCGAAAAGACACGAAGCGGUACGUAGUUUUCUUGCAAAGAAGACGGUGAUGGUUCCUCUUUGUGGUGAUUCCGCUGUGCUCUCAUACAUGGUGGACUGUGGGGUUCGACAUGUUAUUGGCGCCGAUUUAAAUGAUCACGCACUUAACCUUCAGAGAGAGAAGAACUUUAAGAAUGCCUGUUUUAGAACAAGGACAUUGGACCGUGUUGCUGGAGUUGCAGAGAAGGUCGUCGUGCACGAGGCAACCGAUGGUGAGAGUCGUAUCACACUCUUUCACGGCGAUAUCAUCAAAUUGCCCUGUUUUGAUGACUACAAGAAUCUUAAGGUGGAUUUUAUGUACGAUCGUGCUGCAAUGAUGGCAAUACCACCGGAUCUACACAAGGCAUAUGUGCAGGCGGUGACCAAAGUACUGACGCCAACAGCGGGAGUCGCGUAUGAGCGGAUGCUGCGUUUAAUCCCAGAGGAGCGCACGUGGGGUCCACCUUUCAUGGUCGAUAUGGAAGAGGUCUUGCAGAUGUAUAAAGAAGCCACAGGGCGUGAAUACGCAUCUGUGUUAAUCCUGGAGGAUUCUUUGGAUGAUACUAGGCGACCAGAGUGGUAUGCAAUUUUACCAAAAGAAUAA